AUUCAGCUUUCAGAAGUGUUUUUAUGAAUAAAUAUUCUUAACUUCACACUAGACAUUCAAACAGAAUCAGGCAAAAAAAAAUUUAUAUAAAUCUAUUAAUAUCAUAAGGUACUUAAUAGCAUCCUGAUGGAUAUUAAAUGUUUUCAUUAUAUUCUGGGGAUUAUGGUCAUAUGCUUUUUUAACAUCAAGAGAAGUGUUUCAAUAUCAGUAGAUUCACAAGAUGGGCCGACUACACAACCUGCAACGUCAACGUCACAACGGGCUACUUCGUUAGCGUUAACUGCGAAUGAAGAAAUGUUGAAAAAUAGCUCAAAUACUACAGAAUCAUCGGAGGAACAUCUUGGUUUAGGCUUAAUUUCGGAUAAAGUGAACGAAGGAGUAUCUUUGGUUAAUCUUAAAAAGUUACAUUCGGAUCUUUUAUCUGGGUAUGAUGUAACGAUAAGACCUAGACUUGAUCAGUCGAAGAGUGUAGAGGUAAACGUGUCAUUAAGGCUAGCUUCAGUUGUUGAGUUUGACACAACUGGACAGCGGUUUGGCGUCAUGGGAUAUUUCUAUAUUACUUGGAUAGAUGACGUCAUAAAGUGGAACCCGACUUUGUAUGGUGGCACAACUAAUAUGAAAUUGCCAUUAAGUAAGAUUUGGUUCCCGCCUUUGGUAAUUGGAUUGACAUAUUCUGGAAGUGAGAGCAUCGGUAAAGUUGAUAAAGACCGUGUGACUGUUACUGCAGAUGGUACCGUAACCUGGGCUCCAGAUGGAAUCUACAAGUUUAUGUGUAAAGUUUCAGUAAGAUACUAUCCAUUCGAUACACAAACAUGUGAGCUUAUAUUGUACGUUUCCGAUGAGGAUGUUACCUCUGUCAACUUCAGUGGCCAUGAAGUCAAAGUCGGCGAGUUUAUGGAAAAUUCAGAAUGGUAUCUUCUCGAGGUAUCUUCAAAGACCAUGGAACUUUUUAACACAAGUUUUGUAUACAACUACAUAAAAGUCAAGAGAAGGGCAGAAUUUACUGUGUACACGAUGAUUCUCCCCUUAUUUACUUUAGCGCUUUUGAAUGUCUUUACAUUUCUCGUACCAAUAGAAUCCGGUGAAAAGGGAAGUCUCGCAAUUACUCUGUUCCUAGCUUACGGAUUUUUUAUUACAAUCACAAGAGACAGUUUACCUCAUAACUCGUUACAAGUAUCGUUCUACGUUCUAUACCUAGCCAUUCUCUUGAUGCUUAGUGUUUUCACUGUCAUCUACGUCAUCAUUGAAUAUAAGAUAUAUUCCACAAUCGGUACGCAUCCAUUUGUUUUAUGUUGGCGAUUUCGAUUUAAGACAUCGGCGGCAGAAAGGAUUACAUCAGAGAAUAACACAGAAGACAACUCAAACAAGAUUUGUUUGGAUAAAAAGAUUGACACUUGGACAGAUGUCAUGGGACGUACAGAUGUCUUAGCUACCAUUUCCAGUGGAAUUUUUGUCUUCAUUGUUAGUUUGGUAGUGUGGACUUUUGUUAUCCAAGGAAAUUGAUAUAUAUAUGAAGGAACAACUAUUUCAAAAUUGAACGUUAUGUAGAGUUGAAAUACAACAGGCUUAAUUUAAUACCUAUUAACAAAAGUUUUUUUUCUUCAAAAAUUC